AAUUCAUUUGAAUCAGAUUUUCAUACUUUUGGAAUGCCAUAUAAAGCUAUGUGGUCAUUGGAACUAUAAAUAUUAAAUAUAUGAGAAUGUGUCCAGAUCUUCAAAAUCAACAAUCUCGCAAAUGCAAAAAACUUGAAAUGUGAACACCUUUUAAUCCAAACACUUUAAGCCAGUCCUAAUGGGUUUCGGAAUUAGACAGGUUUUACUGUAUAAUCAUUUGUGAUUUAAUGUUAAAAGUAUAUUCAGCUUUCAUUGUAUGAGUAUGCAUGUCAUUUAAAGGAGCUGCAAUAAACUUACAUUAUUUGUUUGCCAAAGGCUGCAUAAGGGCAUACGAGAGAAUGGUUGUGUUUUAUGGAGAUUACAAAGUCAUAGUAAAAAUAGAAAAGACGUAUAAUCAGACAUUCAGUCAACACGUCAAUGUCUUCAAUGUCAACAUGUCAAGUUUUAAGAGUUCUGCACUCCUCAGUAAACAGUGUUAUGUCUCAGCAAUUAUGUACCGGAAGGUGUUGAAUAAACGGUUUAUCCCUCCAAUCCUUAUCCAUGGAGAAAUUUCCAUGAGAACUGUCCUCAAUCUGCUCACAUAAUGAAUUAUCUCCAACCUUUUCAACAUCUUAUUGAUUAAUUCAGUGACCGAUAUGUUCACAGCAAAAAUACCACCAGGGACUAGAUAUAUAUCUUAUUAAAUUUCUCCAAAACAUGCUCAUAAUAUUUUUCAUAAUUUUGGUGCAGAUGAGGUUGAAAGUGCUAAGUUGGUACAAGCCUACUUUCAAAAUAAGUGGGUACAGCACCCUUUUGGUUCAAUAGAG